AAGGAGGGAAAUCAUGACAUUUAAGAAAAAGAGGAAACAUAAUCAUGGAAAGUAGAAUAUAUGAUUAAAAAUGGCAUCAACAGCCUUAACAGGAACUCAACAAAACUUUGUCCGUCUGGCGAUAGCCGUGGUAGACAAAAUAAAAUUACCAAUGAAAGAUCUUCUUGAAAUUUACAUUAAGCCUUGUGACCUAUACAAUAAGAUUCGCCUUUGCCCCGCAUUAUUACUCGGAAAACACAAACUAAGUGAGGAACAGAAAGAUUUAUGUUAUGUAUCGCCUCCUUAUAUCCCUGAUUAUGCUAAAUUCGAUGUAAGUUUGUUAUAUAAACUUAUACAAAACCUGUGUAAAAAAGUGGUAACAACAAAAGGAUGGGGAAAAGAACCGGAAAGUGGUGAUAAUCUCAUCGGCGAUGACAUCGAACGCCUCAGGCGAAUCCGAAACGAAAUUUAUGGUCAUCUGAAAUCUUCUAGCAUCCCUGAUGUCAUGUUUGAAUCGCAAUGGAAGGAGUUAGAAGAUAUUAUGAAAAGGAUGUGUACAUUUCUGAACAGUAAUGGCUCUAAUCCAGUAAAUUACGAGAGAGAACUUGCAGAUGUCAAAAGGUGUGAUUGUGGUUCUAAUCACAUGGAUCAAUACAAACUCAUGCUGAGGCUUCUCGAACCAAAUAAAGAGUUGCCAACUAUUUCUGUCAGAGGGGAAACGACAAUUAUGUGUGGGAAAACAGUACGUUUUGAAGUUGAUAUAAAACAUUCAUCUACAUCAACCCAGAAUUGGCCUAUCACCUGGCACAGACUUAAAGGGAACAUUUCAGAGCAGAUUGAUACCAGUGCAGAGAAAUACAGAAAUAGCACCUGUUGUCAGCUUAUGAUAAAUGGGGCUUCAAAAGAAGAUCAGGGUGACUACCAGGCAAUUAUAUCAGGAACUCCAAAUGAACGGCACAUAAAAAUACACAGUAAUGUGUUGUCCUUAAAAGUCUUUGGAGAGGAACCAGAUCUUCAGGAACUAGAAGUGACCUCAGACGAAUGGGACGAAAUUAUACUCCGUUACAGGUAUGAAGUCUCACAGGGUUCUCCAAAAGCCAAUCUUAUACAAUGGACUAGAAAUGAUCAGGUUUUAAAAGUAGAUCAAGAAAAGUACGUUGGUGGGGAUUUAACAGACAACUUUUUAACCAUAACAUCCCCGUCAAUUCAUGACAGUGGAGAGUACACAUGUACCGUAUUCAAUGCUGCUGGCUCCGCCUCCAGAUCAUUUACCUUAGGUGUACCGAAGGUCAAAAUUCAAGCGGAAUCAGUUUGUUACGGAAACAAUGCCCUUAUAACCUCUGUCGUAUCAUCUUGUCCACCAGCGGCAAAAGCAGUGUGGGAAAAGAGUAGUCUCAGUGAUGAAAAUAAAUUUGAAACCAUCACCGACAGUGACCCAAAAUAUUUUUACAAUUCGUCAGAUCCACGUGGUCCUAUACUUAAUGUAACAGCAGCAACAUUCGAUGACAAAUUGUAUUACCGACUUCGGAUAACCAAUUGCAUAGGAGAGAGUGUCAGUGAUAGAGCUCUUCUCAAUGUAACAGGAGAUCGUCCAAACAUAUUUAGCAACCAUGAAACAAAGGCAAACAGCUGUUCUGUGAUAUUGACGUGUGACGUUUUCCUUUAUGGCAAGUCUCCUCCAAUUACCAAAAUUGCAUGGCAGAAAGAUGGUAAAGUCAUAAAUGCGACCACAGGAAAGUAUACUGGAGGAACAGAACUUAACCCAGCAUUAGUCAUUCACAAUGUUAAUAAAUUCGACGCUGGUUCAUAUCAGUGCAAAGUCACCAAUGAGGUGGGAUCAACGCUUGGAAAUGUUAUUUGUCUAGAUGUUCCUAAAAUUGAAAUAAAAGAGCAAAGAAACGAGGCGAAUGAUAGAUUGGAAUUCACUGCGGUGCUAAACUCAAUUCCGGAACCAAUACAUGCCCAGUGGUCCAUUAAAAGCGAGAACAACCAUGGUUUUACACCUAUAGAUGUCAACAGAGAAGAGUACAAAGGAACAUCAAACAAUAUCCCCAAACCUGUGUUGUGUAUUAAGCACGUACCACUGCAAAAUCGAAUCUUUCAAAUUGAGGUUCAGAACUUUAUUGGAACAACUAAAAUGCAGAUACCAGGUGAAAGAAAGCCAUGUUCACAAGAAAAGAUGUCUUAUCCAAAAGUAGUUAAUGGUCUUACAGAAAUCUUUCGCAAGAAUGGAACUUCAAUCAGAUUUAGCGACCUUUUGAUAGACCUUAUCAAAGAGAUUUCCGAUGAAGAAUUGGUGUCUCUCAAAAGAAUUGCUACAGUGACGUCAUCAAUGAAAUUAUCCGAAGGAUAUGGAAAAACAGUUGAUGAUUUCUUCACUUAUCUUCUCAAAAAGGAUAUUUUCAAUGAACGAAAUGUCAUUAUGAUUCAGUACCUUAUGAGGCGCAUACAACGUCUACAGCUUGAGCUAAAAUGCAUAGAGUACGCGAAAAAUGAAAAAGAAAAUUUGUGUUACUUUGAAGAAACAAAGCCAGCAGAAGAUGGGAAAACCCACGUCAAACUACAUGUAAAUGACAACAUUGAACAGUUCACAAACAUGGAUUCAUUGUUAGCGACAGUAGCAGCUAUAGCUAACUGUGAACGAAGUAGCAUAGAAAUAGUUGGUUUACGUCCUGCGAGUAGUUUCAUCAUUGUUAUAUCAAUGAAAGAAGAUUCUGCAAAGAGACUCAGACAGAAAAGUCCGCACGAACUUGUUGCAUUGAUGAUGUACAAAGUAGACUGGAUUGAAAUUGAAAAUGAACCUAUAUACAUACCACGAAGUAAAGGGCAAACAUAUGGGAAACGUAAACAUGCAGAGAGGGAUUUUCUGACAGAUGAAAAUAAAAGAUGCCGAAGAGCCAGUUUGGGAAACACUAUGGAGUUACCUUUCAAAAGUGAUCCAUGCAAAAGCAACACCGGGGCAGAACUGGAGGAAAUGGAUUUCUCAGAUGACGAAGAUGUGCUAGUGGACACAUCUAACGUAAAUAUACCAAAAGAAGUACUAAAAUGGGACUAUGAUGCUCGAGGCAGGAACGUAGCAUGCGCUAAGAAAGGGACCCAAACAAUGCAUAGAGCUCGUGCAAUGAUUGUUGGUUGUGCUGGAGCUGGAAAAACUACAUUUUUAAGGCGACUUCAGCAACGAAAUAUUCAGGAGUUACGACAAAUACAGUCGACCGUAGGGCUUGAAGUGUUUGAAAACUUAUUUGAAGUAGACAGAGAACAUAAAUCUUUAAGAGGUCUGGAGAAAGAUGUUGAUACAGAAAAUAAGUGCCUACUAAGUGUUGUGGACUUCGCUGGACAGUGUGCGUAUUAUGCCUGCCAUCAGGUCUAUCUCAGCAGAAGAGCUUUUUAUCUUCUAGUUAUCAAUAUGUCAAAAAGUUUUGAUGAAAAAGUUGAUCAAGAAUUGUGUGAACAGGAAGGAACCAUGUUUGCAGACUGGACAUUUGGACAAUAUGUCCUUUUUUGGUUGAAAUCUAUCCAUACCUACUGCGAAGAUAACACUCCAGUUGUUACCGUAGCAACCCAUUCUGACGAAGUGCAAGAUAUGGUUAACAAAUCAAUUUAUGAUGAUUUGCUGGAGCUCCUGAAGUAUGAGCCUGAUCUGAGAAAACAUCUUGACCGAGAACGCUGCUUCCACAUUGGGUUACCUGAGGAUGAUAACGAACCAUUGGAUAAACUUACCGAUACAGUAGAAUGUAUUGCUUCUAUCGCCUUGGAAGAUCGUUGGAGAGAUACAAUUCCGAAGGAGUGGUCAUUAUGUGAAGUAGUUUUAAGACAAAACAAGCAAAAUGGAAAAAAAAUCAUUUCAGUCACAGACUUCAGAAAACAAGUUUCAAUUAAAAAAUUUGGAAAAGGAAAUGAGACAUUUGAUGUGCUUAGGUUUUAUCAUGAUAUUGGGGCAAUUCUGUAUUACAACGAAAAUCAUUUGAAAGAUAGAGCAAUAACAGAUGUACAAUGGUUUGUAGACUGUUUUAAGAAUAUUAUAACAGAUCCAAAGCAUGUCAGGGAUCUUGUUGAAAAUGACAAAGAUUGGAAAAACUUCUUUGAAAGCGGUUAUCUAACUCAAGGAUUAUUGAAGGGAAUUUGGAAAAAGUAA